AUGUGGUCAAAAUUUCAUAUUCUCGUAUUCUAUGGCCAGUCAGUGGGCAUUGUGGUCCUUGCCAUUGUAAAUCCAUCGAAUGAUUCAGCUAAUAUGGUUAUCUAUAUGCUGCCAGCCAAAGAUAUUGGUCCCGAGACCUGGCUGGCUGGAGUCGAUUGUCUAGAUAGCUUCGCUCAGAUCUUCUUCUAUCGCAAUCCUCAGGAACGCUUUACACGUGCCUACAAUCUAAUGCUAACGAAUGCCUUCAAUAUGUCCUCGCCAGCUGCAGAGAUUCAGGCAGGAUUCAGCAAACGCAUCAACGAGGCAGUCACCGAUACCAAGGAACCUUUGCGACAAGAGUUCUUUCAACUGCGUGUCGUCUCCGAUCAUAUGAUUUACGAGAGAGCCAAAUAUUUCGGUGAGCUACUCCUUUCGGAUAACUAUGUGAUUGUGGUCGAUAGUGUGGAUCGCUUAAAGCUGAUAAUGCGGGACUAUGUGAGUCGUAUGCGUUCAUGGAAUCCUGGAGCACGUUUCCUGGUGCUAUUUCACAAUGCCCAGAUGCGUGAUAGACCCUGGCGUGUGGCUUCUCAGAUCUUCAAUGACCUCAUGCAUAAAUUCUAUGUGCAUCGCGUGGCCUUAAUUUAUGCCAACUCAUCGACCGAUUACAAUCUUCUGGUGAAUGACUACUAUAGCAAUGUGGAUUGCCGCAUUCUAAAUGUCCAGAGUGUGGGACAAUGUCACAAUGGUUCCCUCUAUCCCAAUCCAGGAGCAGUGCAUGCCUCCAUGUCGGACUAUCUGUAUGGGUUCAGUCCCAGAAAUUGCACUUUCGAAGUGUGCGCCUCAAUAAUGGCUCCUUUUGUGGAAUCGGAUUGUGUGCUCGGCAUUGAAAUGAGGAUAUUGGGCUUUAUGCGUAAUCGUUUGAAUUUUCAGACAAAUGUUAAUUGCACUGAUGAUAAUCGCGGUGACUUGGAUGAUAAUGGUGAAUGGAAUGGCCUGUUGGGAAAAUUAAAUGAAAAUGAAUGCGAUUUCAUUAUUGGAGGCUUCUAUCCGGACAAUGAAGUGGCCGAAAACUUUUGGGGCUCUGAUUGUUAUCUCCAAGAUGCCUAUACCUGGUAUAUAAAGAAAGCUGAUGUUCGUCCUGCCUGGCAAGCAAUGCUGGGCAUAUUCGAAAAAGAUACCUGGAUUUGUUUCAUCAUAGUCUUGUGGAUAAGUUGGUGGUUUUGGUUUGUUUUAGUGAAACUGCUGCCCGAACCGAUUUACUAUCAACAAUUGAGUUUGACUGCCAUUAAUGCCCUGGCAGUGUCCAUUUCGGUGGCAGUUCAAGAGCGUCCGAUAUGUGUGGCUACCCGAAUGUUUUUCUUAACCUUAACCAUCUACAGUAUAAACGUGGUGGCCACCUAUACAUCCAAAAUGAUAGCCACUUUUCAGGAUCCUGGCCUUCUCCAUCAACUAGAUGAGUUGCAUGAGGUGGUGGCUGCUGGGAUACCAUUUGGUGGACACGAGGAGUCACGAGAUUGGUUUGAGAAUGAGGAUGAUAUGUGGAUAUUUAAUGGCUACAACAUUUCGGAUGACUUUAGUCCCUCGCCAACGAACAUGUUGGCCGUUGAGAAGGGCAAACGUUGCAUUUUGAGUAAUCGCAUGUUCAUUAUGCAGAAUCGUCAUGCCGAUGAGGUCUAUGCCUUUCCCCACAAUGUCUUCACCAGCUCCAUACAGAUGAUAAUGAAGGCUGGAUUCCCAUUUAUCUACGAGAUGAAUAUGAUUAUUCGAUAUAUGCGAGAUGUGGGCAUAUUUCAAAAAAUUGAUGCCGAUUUCCAAUAUAAUAAUACAUAUUUAAAUCGCAUUUCAAAAAUGAGGCCAGAAUUUGCAUCGAAUGCAAUUGUCCUGACCACAGAGCAUUUGAAGGGACCCUUCUUCAUACUUAUAGUGGGUGUUAUAUUCGCCUCCUUGACAUUUCUAGGUGAGCUAAUGAUCUUUAGAAAUUGCUUUUGCAAGAGAAGGAGGGAACACUGGGACGAGAAGCCAGAACAGGAACAGCGCAAAAGGUAUAGGAAGAGGAAAAAUAAGUGGGAACGUCAGGUUCAUGCGGCUCCAGCCAUACGAUUUACUCCUGUCAAACGUCGCAAAGUCCUUUAGAGAAGUAAAACUAGAGAUGAGCUAGCAGAAGUCGAAAGUUAAACUCUUAUUGAAGGUAAAUGUGCAAAAGCUAAUGACAUUGAGAGAAAAGUCUGUUCCUCUUUUCAAGUCAGUUUAAAUAUUUCUUCUGAAUUAUUGUA